AUAUGUUGGUAAUUGUUAUUUUGUAUAUUUAUCUACCUGCUUUAUUUAUUGAAAAUGAAUAUCCAGAAAAUUGAAUAUUGUAAUAAAUAUAUGUUGAUUUACGUUAAUAUAACCCGUCUCAUUUAUAAUAUUUUUUUUAAUUUUUGGGAGAGUUCUUAUAAAAUACCAACACUUAUUAUAUAAACUAACACAUUACUUAAAUAAAACCAAUAUUUUUUAAAGCAAUCCCACUUUGAGAUUAAAAGACACCUUGUUUAGAUGAAAAGUUGCAACUUUGACAUUAUUUUUUUCAUCAUUUUAUUAUUAGUAGAUUAGUGAAAAUUUGAUUUGAAAAAUGCAUGAGAGAGACUAUUUAUAGAUUUUUUUAAAGCCUAUUUGAAUAGUCACAACCUUUCAAUAUGAAUAGUCGCGUUCUUCUAAUACUCACAACUUCUCACUUUUUAAAAGAUACUAGUGAAUAGUCACAACUUUUAGACUAUUUUUAGAAGGACACAACCUUACAACAUAUAACUUUUAGAAAAGACACAACUCUCUACACAUAUUUUUCAAAAGACAUAACCUUUCAACAUAAUUGAAGUUCACAACCUUAGGAAUUAAUUGGAAAAGACACAACCUUACAAUAUAGAACUUUUAGAAAAGACACAACCCUUUACACUACUUUUUCAAAAGACACAACCUUUCAACAUAAGUGGAUUCACAACCUUAGAAAUUAAUUGGAAAAGACACAACCUUCAACAUAGAACUUUUAGAAAAGACACAACCCUUUACACUUCUUUUUCAAAAGACACAACCUUUCAACAUAAGUGGACUCAAUACCUUUGGAAUUAAUUGGGAUUGCUAUUAUUAGUAGAUUAUCAACCAACUCAACAAACAUAUUGAUAAAUAAAGAAAGUUACAACAACAUCCUUCUAUUCUGAGCAUAUAACGGUCUCUAAAUAAUCACUUUUUGUAUAUAAGGAAAAAAUGAGAUGAACCCUCAAAAAACAAAGACAGUUUACAAAAAAAAAACCUAAAAGCAAAGAAGAAAUGGGAAACAAACUGAUUUUUGGAGCCCUAUUAUGUCUGUGCCUUGUGAUACAAGCCACCAGCCACGUUGAGAAUCCUCUGAUAAACCAUUACGCUGAUUACGAAGCGGUUCAUCCCAGCGAAUACUACAGCUCCGACUUCGAACUCAAAGACGGAACCAACGUGAUCUUCGAAGCUAUCAACGAGCUGAAAGGGAUCAAGAAACCAAAAGCAGGGUUCCAGUGCAGCAUUGGUCGGAAACACUGGACUAGGUCUCUUCCUGGAGACGUGUUUUUCGCCAAGUUCUUCUUUUACUGUGUUAACCCGAACGCAAAGGUUGUUAACCGGUGCCAUUUCCGGUCUAGUUUGGGUUAUGUUAAUCUUGAUAUUGAGAUAACUCCUGCGCUUGGAAGUCGAUGUCCUGGUUAUAGAUGUGUUCUAGCGAUAAGGCGUGAAGGUCUUUUAAUGAAAGAUACUAAUGAGCUUUUUCCUUGGACUCCUUGGCCUCAUCGCCACACUCAACCUAAGUUGCCCAAGAUGAUCAACAAGUGAUUCGUUUGAUAUUUGAUGUAUUAUGGGAACGUGUG